GGGACUGCCGCUCAGCUCCGCGCCGGCAGGAGGCGGCUGGUGCAGCAGCUCAGCCAGCCAUGGAGUGGAGCUUCGGGGUGGCGGGGCAGCGACCAGGUAACCUCCCCGCAGCCUCCCGCGUCCGAGCCUCCGCACCUUAUGGCGCAGGCUCCCUCUGACUGCGCCACGCCAUGCCCCUCAGCCUCUUCCGGCGCCUGCUCCUCGCCGCCCUGCUGCUGGCGAUUGUCUGGACCCUCUUCGGGCCCUCGGGCCUCGGGGAGGAGCUGCUGAGCCUCUCGCUAGCCUCCCUGCGCCCCGCACCGGCCUCGCCAGGGCCGCCCCUGGCCCUGCCGCGUCUCCUGAUCCCCAACGAGGACGCCUGCGGUGGCCCCGGCGCGCCUCCCUUCCUGCUCAUCCUGGUGUGCACGGCCCCCGAGAACCUCAACCAGAGGAACGCCAUUCGGGCCUCGUGGGGCGGGCAGCGCGAGGCCCGCGGGCUUAGGGUGCAGACUCUCUUUCUCCUGGGAGAGCCCAGCGGGCGGCAUCCCUCCCGGGGCUCCCAUGAGAACGACCUGGAACGGGAGUCAGUGGCCCAGGGGGACAUCCUGCAGGCGGCCUUCCACGACUCCUACCGCAACCUGACCCUCAAGACGCUCAGCGGGCUGAGCUGGGCGGACAAACACUGCCCCAUGGCCCGCUACAUCCUCAAGACGGACGAUGAUGUGUUUGUCAACGUUCCGGAACUGGUAUCAGAGCUGGUCCGGCGAGGGGGGCGUUGGGAGCAAUGGGAGAGGGGCAUGGAGCCCCAGAGAGAGGCUGGGGCUGGAGAUGGGGAGUGGAAAGGAGGCCGCCCCACCCCGGUGAGUCAGCCCAUGCCUCUUCUGUACCUGGGCCGUGUGCACUGGCGGGUGCACCCCUCUCGGACUCCAGGGAACAAGCACCAAAUAUCGGAGGAGCAGUGGCCUGCCACCUGGGGCCCUUUCCCACCCUAUGCCUCGGGCACUGGAUAUGUGUUGUCAGCUUCCGCUGUGCAGCUCAUCCUCAAAGUGGCCAGCCGGGCCCCCCCUCUGCCACUGGAAGAUGUCUUUGUGGGGGUAAGUGCCCGACGGGGAGGCCUCACCCCAACCCACUGUGUCAAGCUGGCUGGUGCCACCCACUAUCCCUUGGACCGGUGCUGCUAUGGGAAAUUCCUGCUGACAUCCCACAGGCUGGACCCCUGGAAGAUGCAGGAAGCCUGGAAGCUGGUGGGUGGCUCUGAUGGGGAAAGGACUGCACCCUUCUGCUCCUGGCUCCAGGGAGUCCUGGGCAUCCUGCGGUGCAGGGUAAUAGCCUGGCUUCACAGCUGAGGACCCGGGCCACUGGCGAGGAGUGAGGAGCUGAGGGGCCGGCCAGCUCCCCCACCGUUCUCCCGGGCCCGAAGCAUCUGGCUGUAACUGGACAGUUUCCUGACACCAGAUGCUCAGUCCGUCACUGAAGCCUGAAGGAUACAGGGGAAACCCAGGGUCUGGCCUGCCAGCCCCAAAGAUGGUCAUCAGGAGAGUAAAGCAAUGCUGUGGUCAUCCCCCAUCCAUGGCAGGAGAGGGGCAGGAGCCCCUCAAUAAAUUUGUGUUUCUACUUCGA